AUGACGCACACCUGUCCAAUCGUGACGCACGCUUAUCCCGCCGUGACGCAUACUGGACCCAUCGUGACGCACAACUAUUCCGUCGUGACGCACGCUUAUCCUAUCGUGACGCACACCUAUUCUAUCGUGACGCACGCCUAUUCCAUCGUGACGCACAUCUGUCCCAUUGUGACGCACGCUUGUCCCAUCGUGACGCACACCUAUUCCAUCGUGACGCACGAUUGUCCCAUCGUGACGCACGAUUGUCCCAUCGUGACGCACACUUAUUCUAUCGUGACGCACGCUUAUCCCAUCGUGACGCAUACUGGACCCAUCGUGACGCACGCCUAUUCCAUCGUGACGCACACCUGUCCCAUUGUGACGCACGCCUAUUCCAUCGUGACGCACACCUAUUCCAUCGUGACGCACACCUGUCCCAUCGUGACGCACGCUUAUCCCAUCGUGACGCACACUUGUCCGAUCGUGACGCACAUUUGUUUCAUCGUGACGCACACUACAGACCCAAAGUCAUAA